AUGAUUUGUAUAGGAGAUUUUCCGAUAUCUUUCAGCGAUACCUAUGGGAGAUGUGCUUGCAACCCUCCCAUUAACGAGAUUGCGGCAACACGUAACAAAACGCUUGACGACUUUUCUACAGCCAUAUUCGAACAAUCUGAAUGUCUGCUGAUGCUCAGCCUGAUGCUCAGCGUAGUUCAAAGGAAACUUUCACUUAAAAGUCGAGUAUGGAAUACUUCCAAACUGAUAUUCUGGAUUUAUAUUCUAGGAGGAGCUUGUUUGAAGCUGAUGCAUUUAAUUGUAGGCUCUUUCGUAUUUCUACGUAUGCUAUAUAUGUAUUGGAGGGCUGCAUUCUUUACUGGUUAUACAGUAAGAUUGUGCAUCAAAAUAUUUGUGGAAAUACUAUCUUCAGCCAAGGUGAAAUUUGCGAGAAGUUUCUAA